CCUCGGGGGUCCGAAGGAUCUCGGCUGCGUCAGGCCUUCGAGCGGCCUCGAUUCACCACCACUCGACCUUUGAAAGCUCGAUCGAGCUUCGUUCCGUUUCCACACGAAAGGCGGCGGCUGUUGGAGGCCACAGAGGCCGCCUCUGUCUCCCUUUGGGCCUCUCGCGCGCGGUGUUGGAAGAAGAGAAUUGGGGAGAGAAAGGAAUAUCGGAUAUUUUGUGCCAUGGCUAUGCAAAUGCAAUGCGACGAGAGCAUAGAUAUCUCCAGGGAGGAGGAAAGCUUUGGUCCUCAGCCCAUUUCCCGUUUAGAGCAAUGUGGAAUAAAUGCAAAUGAUGUGAAGAAAUUGGAAGAAGCUGGUUUUCACACAGUUGAAGCUGUUGCCUAUGCACCAAAGAAGGAAUUGCUCAAUAUUAAAGGCAUCAGUGAAGCUAAAGCAGAUAAAAUCCUGGCUGAAGCAGCAAAGUUAGUUCCAAUGGGAUUCACCACAGCUACAGAGUUUCACCAAAGACGCUCAGAGAUUAUUCAAAUUACCACUGGAUCCAAAGAACUUGAUAAGCUUCUUCAAGGUGGAAUAGAAACUGGGUCAAUAACAGAGAUGUUUGGAGAAUUCCGCACAGGAAAGACUCAGAUAUGUCACACUUUGGCUGUAACCUGUCAACUCCCUAUUGAUCGAGGUGGUGGUGAAGGGAAGGCCAUGUACAUAGACACAGAAGGCACUUUCCGUCCAGAGCGCUUGCUAGCAGUGGCUGAGAGAUAUGGUUUGUCUGGUAGUGAUGUUCUUGAUAAUGUGGCUUAUGCGCGAGGAUUUAAUACAGACCAUCAAACCCAGCUGCUAUAUCAAGCAUCUGCUAUGAUGACAGAAUCAAGAUAUGCUUUACUGAUAGUGGACAGCGCCACAGCUCUUUACCGGACAGACUACUCUGGCCGAGGGGAAUUAUCAGCCAGGCAGAUGCAUUUAGCCAGAUUCCUGCGCAUGUUGCUUCGACUUGCAGAUGAGUUUGGUGUAGCAGUUGUAAUCACAAACCAGGUGGUAGCACAAGUAGAUGGAGCUGCAAUGUUUGCUGCAGAUCCUAAGAAACCUAUUGGAGGGAAUAUUAUCGCACACGCUUCAACAACCAGGCUUUACUUGAGAAAAGGUCGUGGUGAAACUAGGAUAUGCAAGAUAUACGAUUCACCUUGCCUCCCUGAAGCAGAAGCCAUGUUUGCUAUUAAUGCUGAUGGAAUAGGAGAUGCUAAAGACUGAAGAACUUGUCUCUUUGAUUUAUGGCACAAGAUUGGGCCAAAGAGGGAUUUCUUUCCAUAGGAUCCUGUUCUUCAUGAAACUUCUGCUAUACUACCAGAAGAAACAAUCAUAAAUUGUUAUUGUGGAUAAGCAGUAGAAGAUUCCUGGACUUUCUAAAACAUACCUGAUAACCUACUAAGAUCUUUUUGUUGUGUAAUGCAAUAGAAUAGUGACAACUCUAAGAAAUAUUUACAGAAUUUAUGCAGUUUAUGGAUAUAUCAAGUGUGAAACAUUCAACACUUCCUGAUUUUUAUGAUUGAAGCCGAAAUAAAAUGGAAGAAAUUUGUUCAGUAAAGGAACUAUCUAAUAAAAUGAAAGCAACAUUUGUCGAAUGGCUAGCAAGAAAUUUUCUUAUAUUUAUAGUUUCUUUUUCAAGGACAACUAAAAGUUGUAUUUUUAUACAUAUAUAUAUAUAUACUUACACAGCUGUAAACUGAAAUGUUGCAAUCAGCCAAGAAAAGCUAGCUAUUCUGCUGUUAUAAGCAAAGGCUGUAAACAUUUUAAAGGUAUGUUCUUUGUCUUCCACUUGUAAAUAUUUUCAUAAUUAUAAUUGAUUUAAUUAAAGUUA